CGAAACGCCCGAGAGCAGAUUUGCGACAUCGGUUAAGGAUGGCGCUAAAAAUAUUAACUCUACUCGCAAUCGUAAUUUACAAUGUGGCUGCAACACCAACACCGGUAACAAGAAACACUAUAUUCAUAGAUGAGAAGCUACAGGGUCAGAUAUUUGAAGGCAUAGACUCAGUCAUAACUAAUGUAAGAAGUGAAGACCCAAGCGACUGGCGACUACCGACAACUACGAAGCCCGUUCAUUAUGACGUUGCCUUAAAUAUAAACAUACAGCAGUUGUCUUUUACUGGAACUGUCAAUAUACAGUUGGUAGCAAAUCAAGCUAAUGUAAGUGAAAUAGUUUUACAUGCUCAGUACUACGAUAUUACUUCUUUGACGUUACAACAAGGUACUACCACAUUGGCAACGACAUACGAGGUGGUUCCUGUAUCGGAUUUUUUGCAAGUGCGCCUAACUAAUGAUGUUUUGCAAUAUAACGCUGCUACCCCAAUCACAUAUGUACUCAGCAUUAGUUUUGGAGCGAGUUUGCGAACAGAAAUGAAUGGCCUAUAUCGAAGUUGGUUUAGGAACAGUCCAACCGAUGAAGUGAGCUGGAUGGCAACCACACAUUUCCAAGCAACAGGCGCUAGAUAUGCUUUUCCUUGCUACGACGAGCCAAGUUUUAAGGCCACUUUUGCUUUCACUGUCACUAGACCAUCAAAUUAUAGAAGCUGGUUCUGUACAAGACUCUCACAAACAACCAAUGCAACAGAAGCCGGAUACGAAGUUGAUGUAUUCUCCCGCACGCCAAUCAUGUCUACCUAUCUUCUGGCACUUAUUGUUACCGAAUAUGAAUCGGUAUCCAUUCUAGAAAACCAACAACUGAAGUUUGAAGUGAUCGCAAGGCCAGCAGCGAUCUCUUCUAACCAAGCUGAAUAUGCCUUCGACGUCGCACAAAAGCUUACCUCCCAAAUGGGCGAACACACUGGUAUCGACUUCUAUGGUAUGGACGAAAAUUUGAAGAUGACUCACGCUGCCAUUCCAGAUUUUUCUGCAGGUGCCAUGGAAAAUUGGGGUCUCAUGGUUUACAGGGAAGCGUAUCUAAUGUAUGAUCCGAAUCAUACAAACGACUUUUUCAAACAACUGAUUGCGUAUAUCCUCUCGCACGAAAUUGCUCACAUGUGGUUCGGAAAUCUGGUCACAUGCGAAUAUUGGGACAAUCUCUGGCUCAAUGAAGGCUUUGCUAGAUACUAUCAAUAUUUCCUUACGGAUUGGGUGGAGGACUACAUGGGAUUUCAGACACGCUUUAUAACUGAGCAAAUGCACACGGCGCUUUUGACAGACUCCGCUAACUCUCCCCUACCCCUUACUUACCCCCAACUGACUACUCCGGCGUCAGUAAGGGCUAAUAUGUUUUCGCUCAUCACUUACAAUAAGGGAGCCGCUUUCAUAAGAAUGACUGAGCACCUCCUAGGUUCUUCUGUUCAUAGACAAGGACUCCAGUAUUAUCUGACAAAUAGGGCCUAUAGCGUUGCUCGUCCUAUAGAUCUGUUUGAAUCUCUCCAAUUGGCAGCUACUCAGGCACAAGCUCUGGAUGCUUAUGGAGCCUUCGACUUUAUUGAAUACUGCCGAAGCUGGUCCGAGCAUGCUGGACAUCCAGUAUUGAAUGUCAACGUAAAUCGGGCAAAUAAUCAAAUUGUUAUUACUCAGUCUCGAUUCAAUAUUAACAUGGGAGUAUCAAACUUGAAUACGACGUAUAUAGUACCACUUACGUUCACGACUGCGAGCAAUCCGGACUUCACCAACACGAAGCCAACACAUAUCAUGAGCACUGAAGUACUCGUCGUCGAAACUCCCUUGUCAAGCAACGAUUGGGUUAUAUUCAAUAAACAGCAGACAGGUUUCUACAGAGUGAAUUACGACGACGAAUCGUGGAAUAUCAUAACAAACGCGUUGAAAGUAAACCCAAGUCAGAUUCAUGAAUACAACAGAGCCCAGAUUGUUAACGACGUAUUCCAAUUUGCACGAUCAGGCUUGAUGAGUUACACGAAGGCUUUGAGCAUUUUGUCUUACUUGGAAAAUGAGAAGGAUUACGCUCCAUGGGUCGCAGCCAUUACUGGAUUCCAAUGGCUCAGGAAUAGAUUUGCAGUUAGCUCUCUGUUGGGCUACUUGGACGAAUUAAUUGUACGUUGGGCUACACCUCUGAUGAACGACUUGACAUAUUAUCCAGUGGAUAAUGAGGACUUCAUGGGAUCUUACUUGAGGUACCAGCUGGCUCCGUUCAUGUGUGAGAUGAACGUCGCCGCCUGCCGCACCGCCGCCAGGCAGCAGUUCCUUGCACUUGUCAAUGAUAAUACUGAAGUUCCACCAAACAGUCGCAACUGGGUGUACUGCAAUGGCUUACGUGACGGUUCACAGAGCGACUUCGACUUCUUAUGGUCGAGAUACAACAGCCACAAUGUGUACACUGAAAAAAUUCAGCUCCUUCAGAUUUUUGGAUGCUCACCACAUUCUGCUGCUUUAAAUACAUUCUUAAGUAAUAUUGUUGAAGAUAACUUCGUGAUUCGCCCGCAAGAUUAUACGGCUGCAUUCACCAGUGCUGUUAACGGCAACGAAGUUAAUACACAAAUCGUCUUAGAAUUUAUCAAAAACAAUAUGGCCGCCACAGAGGCUGCCUUCAGCGGACUCGCUGCCCCGCUGUCGAACGUUGCAGCUAGACUGAGAAGCGAAGAGGAACUGGCCGAGUUCGAAGCUUGGUUACUCGCCAACCAGGCUGUCUUGGGAGACGCGUAUGCCACCGCAUUAUCCAGCGCUCAAUCUGUGCGCAACAGCAUGGCUUGGGUGAAAGAGAACGAAGAAGAAUUUUAUAACUUUUUCCUGGAGAAUGACAUUAUAACCCCUGAUGAUGCACCGGAUUCGGCCGUUACGUCGACAAUGUCAAUAUUCGCCGUAAUGGUUGCUUUUGCUACUGACCAUCGCAGUUUUAGCACUGCUGGAACUCUUGUCGCCAAAUUAAAGAUGGCGACUUUAACUUAUUUCUUUGUAUUGCUAGCAAUAGUUUUUGUAAAUGCUGGACCCAGAACUCCAGUAAAAACAACAAUAUUCGCUGACGAAAAAUUAGACGGAGAAGUAUUUGAAAAUAUAGAUGCGUUUACCGAUGUUUUACCGUCAAAUAUACCAGCCAGUGACUAUCGUCUACCAACAACUACCAGCCCUGUUCAUUACACUGUUCUCUGGGCUGUUGACAUACAACAAUUGACCUUUUCUGGAACUGUUGAUAUUGAUUUAGUCGCAACUCAAGCUAAUGUAAAUGAAAUCGUGAUUCACUCAGCUUCUUAUCUAAAUAGAACGUCUACAGUUCUAACCUUAGGAGCUACAGCAAUCCCAGUAACGGUUGUGGAGCAACCUGAACUCGAUUUUAUAAGAAUACAACUGAGUGCUGGCACUCUGCAAUUUAAUCCCGCAACUCCUGUAGUAUAUAAAUUGUCAAUUUCAUUCGCUGCGCCUCUUCGUACUAACAUGUAUGGCAUUUACCAAAGUUGGUACCGUAACAAUUCCACAGCCACAGCCGUAAGCUGGAUGGCUUCAACUCAAUACCAAGCAACAUCUGCACGUUAUGCUUUCCCAUGCUACGAUGAGCCCAAGUUUAAGGCUACUUUUGAUGUCACAAUUAGUAGACCAGUAGGUUUUAAGAGUUGGUUCCUUACAAAACUCGCCACUACAAGAGCCGGUGCUACAGGUUACGAAGAAGAUGUCUACACGCAAACGCCGAAGAUGUCUACAUAUUUAUUGGCCCUGAUUGUUGCCGAGUAUGAGUCAGUUCCUCUUAAUAAUACUGAUGGAACUUUGAAAUACGAAGUUAUUGCUCGCCCUGGAGCAAUAAACGCUGGCCAAGCGGAUUAUGCGUUUACAGUCGGACAACUCUUAACUGACACAAUGAGCAAUCACACUGGAAUCGAUUACUAUGGCGUUAACUCUAAUCUCAAAAUGACUCAUGCUUCCAUUCCCGAUUUCUCUGCUGGUGCAAUGGAGAACUGGGGAUUAAUAACAUACAGAGAAGCUUAUCUUAUGUAUGAUCCAAAUCAUACAAGCGACUAUUUCAAACAGCUGAUCGCGUACAUCCUAUCCCACGAAAUUGCCCAUAUGUGGUUCGGUAAUUUGGUCACCAACGAAUUCUGGGACUGCCUCUGGUUAAAUGAAGGUUUCGCCAGAUAUUACCAGUACUUCUUGACUGACUGGGUUGAAGAUUAUAUGGGGCUUGACACGCGUUUUAUUACGGAACAAGUGCACACAUCCCUUUUGUCGGACUCAGCGGACGAUGCUCAUCCACUCACCAAUCCUGAUAUAGGAAGCCCAACUUCUAUUAGCGAUAUGUUCUCAACCAUAUCUUACAACAAAGGUGCUGCUGUCAUACGCAUGACUGAACAUCUUCUAGGAUUUGAAGUCCAUCGCCAGGGCUUGCAAAACUACUUGACAAAUAGAUACUUAGACACAGCUGUGCCAAACGACCUCUUCCAAGCUCUUCAAACAGUAGCUGUUUCUACUGGUGCUAUUGCCGCGUACGGUUCCGACUUUUCCGUCGUCGAUUACUAUAGAAGUUGGACAGAGAAAGCUGGUCACCCAGUGCUGUACGUUGAAGUGAAUCAUCAGACCGGUGACAUGACCAUUCAACAGCGCCGGUUCAACAUCAAUACAGGCUAUUCAACUGAUAACUCGCUAUGGAUCGUCCCAGUUACAUUCGCCACCGCUAGCAACCCUGACUUCGAAAAUACCAAGCCGAGCCACAUUAUCAGGGACGCUGUUACAGUCAUCAACCGUGGUACUGUUGGGGAUGAAUGGGUCAUCUUCAACAAACAACAGACAGGUUUCUACAGAGUUAAUUAUGACGAAUACACUUGGAAUCUAAUUGUUUUGGCGUUGAGAGGCGAAGACAGGACUAAGAUUCAUGAAUACAACAGAGCUCAGAUUGUUGAUGACGUAUUCCAAUUUGCUCGGUCAGGAAUCUUGAGCUACACUCGUGCUUUCAGCAUUCUCUCCUUCCUGGAGAACGAAACUGAAUACGCACCAUGGGUUGCUGCUAUGACCGGCUUUACUUGGCUGAGAAACAGACUCGCUGGUACUUCGGACUUGGCUUUACUAGAGCAAAUCAUCGCUCGCUGGGCCACUCCUAUAAUGAAUCAGCUGACCUACGAACCCAUCCAGAACGAAUCGUUCAUGAGGUCGUACCUGAGAUGGCAAUUGGCUCCAGUGAUGUGCGCCAUAAAUGUGCGUGCUUGUCGCGACGCUGCUAACACUCAAUUCCGUGCCUUGGUUGAUAGCAAUACAGAAGUGGACAUCAACAGUCGUAACUGGGUGUACUGUAACGGUCUCCGCGAGGGCUCCGAGGCCGACUUCGACUUCCUCUGGCAACGCUACCAGCAACACAACGUCUAUACUGAGAAGAUCCAAAUUCUACAGUUCAUUGGAUGCACACCAUAUGUUUCCAGAAUUAAUUCACACUUGCUCAAUAUCGUACAAGAUAAUUUUUUGAUCCGUCCACAAGACUACACUGCAGCAUUCAACAGUCUACUCACUGGCAACGAAGCCAAUACAUUACUUGUAUUUGCAUUCGUAAGGGAAAACUUGCCCGCCGUGAUUAAUGCAUUUGGCACUGCUACUACACCACUAUCAAACAUUGCUGCAAGACUGAGGACCCUUAAUGACGUUACUGAGUUCUUACAAUUUGUGGAUGCCAACCAGAAUCUAAUAAGCAACGCGUCGUAUGAAAGAAUUGUCUACAACGCCGAGCUCACUCGUCAAAGUAUCGUGUGGACGACCCAGGUGCGAGAUGACAUGAACAACUACUUCGUGAAUGGCGAUGACGACAUCACCGCCUCCACCGCCGCACCAGUAUCUGACCCUCCCAUCGUCAGUCCACCUGACCUGGUGGAACCAGAAACCCCAGACAUACCUGGCUCCGCAGUGACGGCGUUCGUAUCAGUAUUCGCAGUGGUGUUUGCUGCUGUAGCUAACUUCGCCUUAUAAUUUUUUUGUAAU